AUAGCACUAAUAUCCCCAAUGUUACCACGUUACAUUGCUCUGAUUUGUUUCCUCCUAAGCUAUAAACGAGUCUCAACUGAGGAAUGAGAUUAGCUUUUCUAGCUCUGGUUGCUGUGGCGACAGUAUGGGGGGACGUGUACUUGCAAGGACCUCGAGGCAGUAACAACAGACUGAACGAGGAAGGAAGAGAACGCAACAACGGAAACAGGAUGUUCGAUUCGCAGAACAAUAACAGAGGAGGCUACAACCAUGGUAACUUGUACUACUACACUGGAUCUACUGUACAAGUAGAGUGGACGAACCAGCACUCGUGCGGUAAUGUAAACAACAACUGUGAGCUGGUACUACAGUACAUGUGUGGAGACCUGGUAAGGGACGGGACCACCACUAACACUAUCCCUGAUGACCGGUGGAAGUGUGACCGCGCUAACUGUGACACUGACAUGGAAUACGGAAUGCACGAGGACUACUGGUACUACAAGGAGUGUAAGCAGCGGUACAGGAACAAGGGACUGUACACUGCUGACCAGAAAAUGAAGGAGGGAGCGUACAGCACCAGGCAGAACAAUGGAGGAACCAGGAGAGGGUACGAGUGUCCUGAGGAGAGAGAUCACUAUCCUUACUGGCACCCUACUCACUGGAGGGAUAUUGCGGUGUUCACGAACGACGUGAAGAGAUGUGACUACUACAAACAGGAGAGUCAGAAUGUAAAGAACAAGGGUUACUGCAAGUACCCUGACAACUACCUCCAGUUCAAGGAGGCGCAAGGACACUACCCUAUGCUGAUGAAUAACAAGGCGGAGUGUGAAGAGCAGUGGGUAGAGCACGGCGGGGAGAUGGUGCAGCCGGUGUGGAUGGAGAAGGGAGCUUGGAACAUGGACCCUCCUGCUUGUCUACCGUCACCAUGGUCACGUGAUAAUCACCAUGGCAACAACAUGGACGGGUUUAUGAACAACUACAACUGGACUGUUCCUGAAGAUAUCCUCCACAAGAACUGUGCUCUCAGACUGAGGUACAAUAUUACAGCUGGAGAAUUACCGGGCGGAGGUUUCGACUCUAGCAUUAACGCUACUCUUAACGCUGAGAAGGACGACGCCCCUACUGGUAUUGACGUAGCAACAACGUACGGGCUCCCCACAGAGAACGAUAGAGGGUACUACUUCCAACAGGACGCUGUGGUCAAGGUAUUCGACCUCCCGGAAAGUGACGUUAAGCUGGACCUGGAAGUGACUCUGAACACAAACCAGUACGGCAGAACUUUCGAGGACAGAACCCACGUCUUUGAGAUAAGGAAACGACCUGACGACGUCCCAGAAAACGCUAAAAUACACAAUUUGAACGUGCGCGGGAAAAGAGGGAACAUUGUACAGACGUACCCUGGAGUGGAGUAUGAUUACCAGCCCAACAGACUGGAGAUCAACCAGGACGACUAUCUCCAUAUUCAGUGGACAGGGGCAGACUCAAACCCGGGAAAUAAUGCGGGACAGGGCCGAGCAAGGACAGACAGGAACAACAUUGUCCCCCUGAGAGAAAUCACAUGGCCCAAAGAGGGGGCAUUCGAGGACGAGGCUCACGGUUGUUUUGCCUGCAACUAUCCGGAGCUAUUCACCAACUCAACAAGUCUUCUCGGCUUGGGAAGAGACGACCUCAUGGCUCUGGCUUAUCACUCCGGCAAUCACUAUUUCGGAGAUAUUGAAGAGUUAGACGAUACUGGAACCCACUUUGACCUGGGUCUCAGACAGAUAAAAAUGUCAGGAAUAUGGAGAUUCUUGUGCACAAGAAACAACAACUUUACCAACCGCUCUCAGAAAGGAGAGAUCAGGGUGGUCCCCAAAUCUGAACAGGCCGAAAGAGCGUAAACCCUAGUGAUGAUAAAAGAGAUUGGUAUAAUCCCAAGAACAUUAUAUUCGGCGAUCUUUAGUAUGUUUUAGUUUAUAUUUAUGUGAAACAAAAUUGUCAUGUUUUCGAAUAAAUUGAGGCUUUUAAAACAAAAUCGUGUAUUAUUAUUUUAUAAAUGUUACUAAAUUUUUACAAAAUGAAGCAAG